UAUGUGCUCUUCUUUUACAGGGAGAGUGAGUGGUAUGAACAGUCCAAAUAAUAUAGCUCCCAGGGCCAACUGUGAACCUGAACUACAGGUGGUUGAAUUACCCAAACCCAGUGAUUCUCUGACAGUCAUUUGGCCAUCUUGUAUUCGAAUCAAUAGAUGUGGAGGUUGUUGUUCUAGCUCAUUACUUCAGUGUGUUCCAAAAAGAACCAGUACAGUACAUUUGAAGGUAUUGAAGGCCAGGUAUCCUGAAGUUGGCGCUGAAAUGUUCCAGUUUCAGAAUUUUGAAGUAAUAGGCAUAGAGAAACAUGACAAAUGUUCGUGUGAAUGUAAACAGAAGCCGUCUGACUGUACAAACUUACAAACGUACCAGCACAACCUGUGUCAGUGUGUUUGUAUCAACUCAAAUAUAGCUGGAACCUGUACCAACAAACAGAUCUGGGAUUCAAGAGACUGUGCCUGCAAAUGUAAAAACUCGACAGAUUGCUCCACAGGGAAUUUCUUCAACCACCAAACAUGCAGGUGUGAAAGUUUUGUCAUUAGCCGAAUAGCAUCAUCAAACUUUCGUUAACUUUACAAUGGAUGCUUCUAGAUUUUAUGACAUGUUUAUGUAACCAAACUAUUGUUCUAUCUACAAUUUCCACUAUAAUAAAAAAUUUAUACUAAUUCGUUACUUUAAAAAUGACUUGUCCAAUAAGUUUUUGGUUUCCAAUAAAGAGUCUUGUUUACCAACA